AUGCGGGACAAGCGGCCACCGAUCAGCGACUCGUCUGCCGCGACGCUCGAGGCGUUCUACGCGCGCGUCAUCGAUCGCGUCUGCACAUCGUAUCGAAGCGACGGCGACGUCGCUACGGUCGACGCCGUCGCUCGUCUCCAACAGAAGUGGCAGGAAAAGCUCGUGCUGUACACGGGAAAGUCACACGCUGCACGGGCAAUAGAAGCAGCAGACGAAGACGAGGACGACGAUCGGAUUGUGGUCGUCGACUCGGCCGAAGCGUCGAGCGACAGUGAACUGUCCGAGGGAUCGUCGUCCGCGACGCUGUCGUCGCUGUCGUUGAGCUCUUCGACUGGCUUGGAAGGUGCUACGGAGAGUAAAGCAGUGGGUCGACCACGCGCAGCAUUGCCGAGUGGCGCGACGUCGACGACAACGUCCGUGUUUGCUAAAAUGCUCGGGUCUAAGCGGAAACUGCAUCAGCUAGAUGGCUCCAUUUCGGACGCUGAAGUUGAUGUUGACUGCAGGGACGUAGUUGCUGCUGUGGAGGAGGACGAGGACGAGGAGAAGGAGGAAGAAGAGAAUCAAGGCGACCGACGAGAAAGGAAGGCAUCUUGUUCUUCUUUGUCAACAGCAGUGCAAAACGCGUACGACGAUGCGAAAAACGGCCGACGUGAUGAAGCAGUAGAAGAAAAAGAUGGUACAGAAUACGACAAUGCUCGCGAAAAAACGCAUGAGGAAGGAGAGAGGAGUGCAGUGUGUGAACGAGUACUUGACGAAGAGCCACCGGCGCGUCCACCGAUAUCGUCAUCGUUGCUAGUGUCUGCAGACGAUCUCGCUCCCGUCUCUGGUCUUUCCGGCAUCAGUCUGCCGUUACAAAUUGCUGCGCAGUAUUCCAGGUUUCGAAACUAUGGCAAUCGUAAGGGGUAUCGUGGUCAAUUGCACGCGAUCGUGUUGACAUGGCCGAGACGACUGCGGGCAGGAGAAACUAUCCAUCCUGGUGAGUUAGUGUGGUGCUAUCCGGAAUCAGUGCAAGGACUCAUCAGUGAGGGUAAAAUGGGGAAGAUGAUUUCGCGUGGAGACAGUCGGCACGAAAUGAAUAUUGAGUUCGACGAUGGGACGAAAGCUGUCGUUUCGAUGGAUCGGGUCCGUCGUUUGUCUGAGUACCUUAUUCGCAAGGGCAGAGUCUGCUUUACCGAACAGUAG